UAUUAUAAUAUUGGCACCACUAAACUGUCGCGAUUUUGAUCAGUUUUAUUAAUAAUUUAUAUAUAUUUUUAACGCUGCGAAGAGACAUUUAUUUUAAAUGUCUGAUGUAACAAAGACGACGAUUCCUUUGCUAUUGGAAGUGAUUACGGCCGAAGAAAAGCUGCAGCGCUUGCACGUGGAAUCUGAGGACUGUGUUCACGGGUUGGAGGAUGAUAGUCUGACAGAGGUCGUGAUUUCUGACAAUAACCCUGAACCUCAUAGUAUUGUGUCUAAUAAAUUCACUCACGAAUAUCCUCUAUCUGUACCGACGAAUAAUUCUACGCGUGGUACAGUAACUAACGAAACUAUGGCCAACUAUGCAGAUAUUGUAGAGAAAGCUAGAACAGCUUUCAACAGUAACCAAACAAAAUCGUUACAUCUUAGAAAACAUCACCUUAGGCAACUUCUCAAACUUUUAAAGGAAAAUUCUUCAGACUUACAAAUAGCCCUAGCUUCUGAUCUAAGAAAGAGCAAGCAAGAAGCAGUAUUGUUUGAAAUUGAAUAUUUAAAAAAUGAUAUCAUCAAUGCUCUUAACUCCCUAGAAUCCUGGAUGAAAACUGAAAGGCCUGAUAAACCACUGAUUAAUAUAUUGGAUGAUGUGUUAAUACAUAAAGAUCCAUAUGGAGUUGUAUUGGUAAUGGGAGCUUGGAAUUACCCAUUACAAUUAACUUUAUUACCCGUAGUUGGUGCAAUAGCUGCUGGAAAUAGUGUUGUUAUAAAGCCUUCUGAAAUAGCUCCAGCUACUGCUAAACUCAUUGCUGAACUAGUACCAAAAUAUCUCAACAGAGAUGCUUUUCCGGUUAUUUUAGGAGGUGUAGAAGAAACAACUGAGUUACUUAAACAAAGAUUUGAUUAUAUUUUCUAUACAGGAUCAACAUCUGUAGGGAAAAUAGUAAGAGCUGCUGCUAAUGAAUACUUGACACCUGUUACGUUGGAAUUAGGCGGUAAAAGCCCUCUAUAUAUAGAUGGUACUGUUAAUAUGGAUAUUGCUGUUAAACGUAUAAUUUGGGGAAAAUGCAUUAAUGCUGGACAAACAUGUAUUGCACCAGACUAUAUUUUAUGUACACGUCAAAUUCAAAAUACAUUUGUGGAGAAAGCUAAACAAUUAUUAAAAGCCUGGUAUACUGACGAUCCAAAAAAUUCCCCAGAUUUAUGCAGAAUAGUAUCUGAAAAACAUUUUACGAGAUUAUUAGACUUGAUGACUAAUAGCGGAUCAAUCUCAGUUGGUGGAAGACAUGAUAAAAAAGAUCUCUAUAUUGAACCAACAAUAUUGACUGAUGUAAAACCUACAGAUCCAAUUAUGAAAGAAGAAAUUUUUGGCCCGAUUUUACCAAUUGUAAUCGUGGAUAAUGCUUAUGAUGCUAUCAACUAUAUUAAUAGCAGAAAUCACAGCCCGUUGGCUUUAUACGUAUUUACCAAAAAUAAAGCAGUCAUUGACAAUAUGUUGGAAAAUGUGAAAGCUGGUGGAGUUUGUGUCAAUGAUACUGUAGUGCACGUGACUGUUGAAAAUUUACCAUUUGGAGGAGUCGGUCUUAGUGGAAUGGGAGCCUACCAUGGAAAACAUACAUUUGAUACAUUUACUCAUCGGAAAAGUUGUUUAGUCAAAGAUUUCAACAUCAUUGGAGAAUCAUUUUCUUCAGCAAAAUAUCCACCAUACUCUGAUAAGAAACUAAGCAUGAUAUCUUUUUUGAUGAAGAAGAAACCAAGCAUUAAUUUCAAAUUUCUGCCAUAUUUGUUUGUAUUUGGUCUUGGGGUUUGUGCGACCUUUGCAUUCAAGUAUUUAAAUAAGGUACAUUUAAGGUCUAAUUUUCGCUUUUAAUUCAAUCAUAAUAUCACAAAAAUCAUCAAUCAUAUUAUAACACAAUAUUAAUUAUAACCUCUAUCAAGGAAUGU